AUGGAGGUGGUGGACGAGACGGAGGCUCUGCAGCGCUUCUUUGAAGUCUCCUUUCCCUCUUCCCAGUGCCACGAGGAGGAGCAGAAUCAGCCCAUCUCCCCCUCUCAGGGUGUCCCUCAGUUACCAGACAGUCUUCUCCUUCCACCAGGUGCUUCCUCAGACGGCCCCCUGAAGCUGCUCCCUGAAACCCACUUUGACCUGGUGGUGAUUGAUGAGUGUGCCCAGGCUCUGGAAGCCAGCUGCUGGAUCCCUCUGCUGAAAGCUCCCAAGUGCAUCCUGGCUGGGGAUCACAAGCAGCUGCCCCCCACCAUCAUCUCCCACAGGGCCGCGGCCGAGGGGCUGUCGCUGAGCCUGAUGGAGCGGCUGGCGGGGCACUACGGGGAGCAGGCGGUGCGGAUGCUGACGAUGCAGUACCGCAUGCACCGGCUCAUCAUGGAAUGGGCGUCCUCGGAGCUCUACGGCGGCCGGCUCAGCGCACACCCCUCCGUGGCACAGCACCUGCUUAGGGACCUGCCGGGUGUCUCUGACACAGAAGAGACCAGCAUUCCUUUGUUGCUCAUCGACACCGCUGGCUGUGGCCUGUUUGAGCUGGAAGUGGAGGAUGAACAGUCCAAGGGGAAUCCAGGGGAGGUCCAGCUGGUGGGGAUGCACGUCCAGGCCUUGGUGGAUGCUGGUGUGAAGGCCAAGGACAUCGCUGUGGUGGCCCCCUACAACCUCCAGGUGGACAUGCUCAGACAGCACCUUUGCCACAGCCACCCCGAGCUGGAAAUCAAAUCAGUGGAUGGUUUCCAGGGCAGGGAGAAGGAGGCAGUGAUCCUGUCCUUUGUCAGAUCCAACAAGAAAGGUGAGGUGGGCUUCCUGGCCGAGGAGCGGCGCAUCAACGUGGCGGUGACACGGGCGCGGCGCCAGGUGGCCGUGGUGUGUGACAGCCACACCGUGGGCAGCCACCCCUUCCUGCGGCGCCUGCUGGACCACCUGACCCAGCACGGCCUCGUGCGCUCUGCCUUCGAGUACCUGGAUGACCUCGUGCCCCAAAACUACCCCGGGGAGGGCCAGGCCCAGCGCCAGCAGGGCCCCAAAGCACCGGGCCCCAAAGCACGGCCGGCUCUGGCUGGGAAGCUCAAGGCGGCGGCGGCUGGAGCAGGGAGCCAGAAACCAGGAGCACGGAGCUCCCCGAGCGCUGCCACAGCUGGGAGGGAAAGCUCAGGGUCAAAGGAGGGUGGGGACAGGUUCAGGGCCAUGCUGGAGGCCUUCCUGGCGAGCAGCGAGGCACAGCUGGAUUUCCCAACAUCCCUGAAUUCCCACGAGCGGAUGCUGGUCCACGUGCUGGCAGAGGAGUACGGGCUGCAGCACCUGAGCUCUGGGGAGGGCCGGGACAGGUACAUCAGUGUCCGCAAGAGAGUCCCCAAGCAGCCCCCUCUGCCCUCUGAGCCCCCCCUUCCUGAGCCCCCACUGCCCCCCAAGCCCCUUCCCAAGCCCCCACUGCCCUCCGAGCCCCUUCCCGAACCCCAGCAUCCCCACGGGAACACCCCUGACCCUGCGGAGCCAAAGGAAAGCAGCAAGAGCUCGGGGAAAGUGGAUCUGAAAUCCCUGCACCUGGAGAGAGUCCAGAGGGAGAAAGCCAGGCGGGAGGAGGCGGCCAGGAAGGUGCAGGAGCCCAGGAGUGACAGAAGAAAAAAGGACAAAAGUGAAGCCAAAGGAAAGCCGGUGAUCGGGAGUGCGGCCGGAGAGGAUUUCGACGCUCUGAUCUCCGCUGCCAUGGAAGCUGACAGGACCUGUGCUUUCCCCCGCUGCAAGGCCUCUGUCACCACCCUGGGCCAGCUCUGCCACCACUGCCAGCGGCUCUUCUGCCUCAGCCACCACAUCCCCGAGGUGCACGGCUGUGGGGACAAGGCCAAGGUGCAGGCCCGGCAGCGGAUCAGCCGGGAGGGGAUCCUGUACCCCGGCAGCGGCUCCAAGGACAAAUCCCUGGAUCCCGCCAGGCGAGCCCACCUCCAGCGCCGCCUGGACCAGAAGCUCAGCGAGCUGACGAGCCAGAGGAAGGGCAAAAAGAAAGACAAGGAGAAAUGA